GGUAUACGCACCUUUCAGUUGGUUGCGAUACCCAAUCAAACUCAAAGAAAUAAUAGAAGAAUGUGUUCCACACAGGAAGUAGCAUUACCUAGCUAGCCAGAGAAGUAAUUCAAUCAACGAACAUAAACCGGAGAGCCCCACCAAUUGCAUCAAUAUGGCCACUGGUGCCGAUGUAAGAGAUAUUUUGGAGUUGGCCGGUGGAGACAAUGAUGCUGGUCCCAUCAGUAAGAAGGAUUUCAUCAAUUCUGAUAAGAAAAAGGCCAAGAAGACAACAGAAACGUUGACCUUCAAGAGACCAGAGGGAAUGCACAGAGAAGUCUAUGCUCUGCUCUACUCUGAUAAGAAAGAUGCUCCCCCUUUACUUCCCAGUGACACUACCCAAGGCUACAGGACAGUCAAGGCUAAGCUUGGCUGUAAAAGGGUUCGGCCCUGGAAAUGGAUGCCCUUCACCAAUCCUGCCCGCAAAGAUGGAGCCAUAUUUCACCACUGGAGACGCUUGACAGAAGAGGGCAAGGACUACCCUUUUGCCCGUUUCAACAAGGCAGUGCAGGUUCCAGUGUACUCAGAGCAGGAGUAUCAAAUGUACCUCCAUGACGACGGCUGGACCAAAGCAGAGACGGACCACCUGUUUGACCUGUGCAAGCGUUUCGACCUGCGCUUCACUGUGGUUCACGACCGCUAUGACCACCAGCAGUACAGAAAACGUUCCGUGGAGGAUCUGAAAGAACGAUAUUAUAACAUAUGCGGCAAGCUGACCAAGGUCCGUGCGGCCACAGGGACGGAGCCAAAGAUCUACAUAUUCGAUGCCGGCCACGAGAGGCGCAGGAAAGAACAGCUGGAGAAACUGUUCAACCGUACCCCUGAACAGGUGGCAGAAGAGGAGUACUUGAUCCAGGAGUUGCGGAAGAUUGAGACAAGGAAGAAGGAACGGGAGAAGAAGGCGCAGGACCUCCAGAAGCUCAUCACGGCAGCAGACACCACCACAGAAAUGAGACGUGCCGAGCGCAAGGCCACCAAGAAGAAGCUCCCACAGAAACGAGAGACAGAGAAACCGGCUGUCCCUGAAACGGCAGGCAUCAAAUUCCCAGACUUCAAAUCAGCAGGAGUCACACUGCGCAGCCAGAGGAUGAAGUUGCCCAGCUCAGUAGGCCAGAAGAAGAUCAAAGCCAUUGAGCAAAUCCUUACAGAGCAAGGUGUCGACCUGAACCCCAUGCCCACGGAGGAGAUUGUCCAGAUGUUCAACGAGCUGCGCAGCGACCUUGUGCUGGUGUACGAGCUCAAGCAGGCCCACAGCAACUGCGAGUAUGAGCAGCAGAUGCUGCGGCACCGCUACCAGGCCCUCCUGAAGGCCGGAGGCCCCUCUGGUCCCCUGGGGGAGACCACCACCACCACCACCAGCAGCAGCAGCACCCCCGGACCAGAGACUCAGGCCUGGCCCGGACCGGACCACAUCAAAACCGAGGCCAAGGAGCAGAUCAUAGACGUGGUGGGGGCUCCUCUCACCCCCAACUCUCGCAAACGCAGGGAAUCUGCCUCUAGCUCCUCAUCCAUUAAGAAGGUGAAGAAGCCUUAGUGAGGAGGCGAAGUGGGUGGCAUUAACUGUACAUGGAAGGGGCAUACUGCGGAGGACUAAGGAAGUCACUUUUGGUGGAGUAGCCCACUGAGCCGAAGUCUGAAAAUAGGGACAGGUGGAUUGGGAGGCACCUGCUCAGACCGUCACCUUGUGCACACAAACUGACUGGUGCCCUCAGGGCCAGAAAGGCCUCCCUCUCAGAACCCAGGGCAAGCCCUGUCCCCUUUAGCCUGCUCCUACACCCAUCCAGUUUUCUCCGACACUGCAGUGACUGGCUGACAUUCCUUUUCAUUGCUCAUCAAUUCCCCUCCCUAUACGGAGUGCAUUUAGGCAUCCAGUUAAUAUGCUGGCAUUGUUAUAGUUUUGUGUAAUUGUGAUGUUUUGUUCCAUCAAUGUGCGUUUAUGUAAAUUAUAGAUUUGUCCACUGUAGUACGGCUUUCCGCUCAUUCACAAAAAAUCUCUUAUCCCUCUGUUAGGUGGGAGAUGGGUGAAUAGAUGGGAUGGCUUUGCCUUAGUGCCUCUGCCUACUGCUCGUAGAAUGUCAGGCUGAGUGGAGAUAGUGUGCACUAAAUUGGUCACAGUGGCUUAUUGUGAGAUAUUUGGAGAUACUUUUCUCCUUUUUUUCAAUAAAAAAAAAUAUUGUUUUUUGAGUCUUGUGUGU